AUGGCUCCUGCACCGGCAAAGAAGACCGAUGACCUCAAAAAUGAUGAGGACCGUCCUAAUAUCCUUAACCACGCCGACAUCAUUGACCCGGCCACGUUCGAGCAGAUUUUGGAGAUGGACGACGACGAAGAGAGGGAGUUCAGCAAAGGAAUCGUUUACGGGUUCUUUGAGCAGGCGGAAACAACCUUUGAGAAUAUGAAGAAGGCCUUGUCGUCCGAAGACUUCGACGAGCUUUCGCGACUCGGCCAUUUCCUCAAGGGGUCUUCUGCGACUCUUGGUUUGACCAAGGUCCGAGAUGCAUGUGAGAAGAUCCAGCACUGCAAGGACGAUCUCCCCGACACCGACGAAGCCGAACGAAAGAAGGCCGUGGAGGCCAUCAAGCAGACUUUGAAAGACGUCACAGAAGACUACGACGAAUCUUUCUCUCCGCUUUCCUCUCCUAAUCGACCCCCAUGA